AUGGCUACCAAGGAUUCACUUCCUGUGAAAACUGCACAGCAGAUGGCCAUCGAUGGAGAUCAACCACCUUCCAAAUACAUCUUCAAUAACAACACCAUUUACGCCAAUUUUGGCCCUUUGGAAACCUCUCCUCCAUUUGCUCCGGUGCCGAUCAUUGAUGUCACCCGUUUAUCAUCAACUUCCGAUCAAAAUGAUCGGAAAACUGAACUAGCUAAACUCCGAUCAGCACUCACCACCUGGGGUUGUUUUCAGGCGGUGAAUCAUGGGCUUGCAGAUUCGUAUCUAGACAACAUCCGACAAGUGAUCAACCAAUUCUUCCAACUUCCAUUGGAGAAGAAAAGAAAAUGCUUGAGAGAAACUGGUUCCGUCGAAGGCUACGGAAACGACAUGACAUACGACGAGAAUCAAGUUCAAGAUUGGUGUGAUCGUCUUUUUCUUCGAAUUCUUCCCGAAGAUGAACGGCAACUUCGUUUCUGGCCUGAAAACCCAUCGAAAUUUCGGGAAACCAUAGAUGACUACACCAACAAGAUCAAGUCUUUAUCUGUGAUCUUAUUCGAGGCAAUGGCGAAAUCGCUUGAUUUGGAAGAGAAUUGUUUCGCAAAGUAUUUUACGGAAGAACGGGAUGUUUUGCAAGGCCGGUUUAUCUUGUACCCACCAUGUCCGACCCCGGAUAAAGUGUUAGGUCUCAAAGCUCAUUCGGAUAGAUCGGGCAUUACUCUUUUAUUGCAAGAUCCGGGGGUCGAAGGGCUUCAAGUAUUGAACGAUGGUAAAUGGUACAACAUUCCGGUGAUCCGUGAUGCUCUUUUUGUUAAUCUUGGCGAUCAAAUGCAGAUAAUGAGUAACGGGAUUUUCAAGAGCCCGGUUCAUAGGGUUGUGACGAAUACGAAGAAAGGGAGGAUAUCAGUGGCCAUGUUUACGGAACCCGAACCGAACAAGGAGAUUGGCCCUGUGGAUGCGUUGGUUGAUGAGAAGAGGCCGAGGGUCUACAAGACCGUCAAGAAUUAUGCCGUUUUUAACCACGAAUGCUUUCAAAAAGGCGUUGUUGCUCUUGAUGCCGUUAAAAUCUAACAUGUUUGUUGUAAUCGAUCGAGUUUAAAGAUGUAUUUAGAACUUCUAAAGCUCAGGCCCGUUCCUGACAUUUUAUAAGCCUUGGACGAACGUAAAAACAUGGUCCACUGCAAGAAAUAAGGUUUUUAGCAACGACUUU